GCGAUUUCUCUGUGCCCAUUGUCUCUUUCUCUCCUCUGAGCAUUAAACCGAAUCUAUGGCAUAUAGCACACUACCCAGCGAGCUGCACCUGCUCAUCGCAGAGUUUCUCGCGGAGUCUCCGGACUCAGAGGAUGCCUUCAAUGCGCUAGCACGCACCAACCGUACCUUUUACAUGCAGUACAACCCUUUUUUGUACAGAUACCACGUUGCAAGUCAUUCCAAGCGACCCCCAGCACCAGCAUUUCACUGGGCUGCUAAGAAUGGAAGACAUGAUACGCUAGUCCGGCUCCUCGACGCGGGCGCAGAGCCAUACCACCCUCGAAUUUGGCAGGAGAAGCCAAUGUCAACCGGGUGGACUGGGCUCCGGCCUUUACAUCCAGCCCGACUUGCUGCCGAGAAGGGUCAUGUUAGAUUUCUCGAAGCCAUUUUCGAUUGGGAGCAAGAGGACCCGGGGAGUGCCGGAAGCUUUGGUAGCCGGCUAGGUAAACGGGGUUACAGUGUCCUUUUUGCCGGGGCAGCCCUUAACAACCACCUGCCCGUGGUGCAGAUGCUGCUAGCCCGUGGCGUUGACCCCUGGGGUAAGAAUACUUUAUUUCUUUCUCAGGGUGUGCGACUGCAGAAAUUCAGUUCGGAGCUGCUGCAGGUGCUUCUCGACGAUGCUAGGCAUCGAGAGCAUCUGCAGCCCUUCACCAACUGGGAACCUGUUCACAUGGCAUUACGGUAUGCAGUGGAGCAGGCCCAGGAUAUUGAGGCAACCAGAAUAAUCCUCACAACCGGGGUUAAUGUUAACUUCCUCUAUUCCGAUGACCCGAUGAUUGUGGUCCGGCGACCUUUGCAUUACUGUCACCAACCGGACUUGUAUCGGCUCCUCCUUGAGGCGGGUGCCGAUCCGAACAUCGACAAUAACGACAGAUGGGGGGCUCUCUCCUCCGCAGUAGGGAACUGUCACAUGCAGGCCGGCCGAUAUCCAAUUUCGGCAGAAGCAAAGGGUCGGCGGUGGGAGAGGAUUCAGCUGCUGUUUCGGUACGGCGCAGACCCCGCGCGAGCCGGGGGAGGUUGGGCGCUGCACGGCGCACUACGCGACGCAGAUUAUGGGUUGGCAGACCUUCUAGCCGAUAAGGGGGCGAGAAUCAGUGUCGUUGAGCUAAGCGAUGCGGAUCAAGCUCGCUUACAUCGCGCAGUGGAGGAGCGUGAGUGGGAUACGGUGAUGGAACUUACUCCAGUCAAUUGGUCUAUGGAAGGAUAUGCUGGUCCAGGUCUGAUGAAAGACGCUUGCAAUCGGACUUUCCCUGACUGUGAGUAUUGGGCCAACGACGUCUCCGCAACCGACACCUGUGCGGAGCUGGAGAAGUACUUUGAUGCCACUGUCGCUGAGCUUCAUGCCUGGAAUCCCUCGCUGCUGGAAGACUACUGUGUGCUGAUUGAAGGAUGGAGCUACUGUGUCGAGGGCCCGGCCGUAACUGUCACCGCGGCUGCGUCUACCACGACGAAUACCGCGAUCCCAGUUGUCAUUUUCACCGAGGUGACCGAUUUUGUGAACAGCACGAUCCUUGCAGCUGCAACUGCUACAUCUGCAUCGGCCACCACUGUCACUACCACCUCAACCGCCACCUACUCAGGUGGAGUGCCUUCACCAACGCAGAGUGGUCUCGUGGGGACGUGCAAUGCGUAUUACUACGUGAUUCAUUUUCUCUCGAGUUAG